AUGGAAAUUGCAAGUACUUUAAAUAAGCCAUGGCUGGUCAUAGGUGAUUUCAAUACUAUAACAAGUGUUGAUGAAAAGAAAGGUGGUCUCAAUCCUCUGAAAAUAUCUAUGAGAGAAUUUAAUGAUUGUUUAAAUAAUUGUGGGCUUAUUCAAGCUCCUAAAACAGGUUUGGAGUUCUCUUGGUGCAACAAUAGAGCAGGGAAAAAAAGAAUUCUCUGUAAUCUUGAUAGAGUUGUUUUUAAUGAUAAAUGGUUGGAAGUAUACCCUAGCCGGGGUUACAAAGUUGGUGUAAGAAGUAUAUCAGAUCAUGGAAUUCUUUAUGGUGCAAAUGCUAAAAUUCCAAAACCCAAAAAUAUACAUUUUAGAGAUCUUAAGAUAUUUGAAGAGGUGAAAAGAGCAGUAUUUGAACUAGACCCUGAUAGCUCCCCUGGACCAUAUGGAUUUGCAGGAUGGUUUUACAGAUAUGCUUGGGAAAUAGUUGGCAAUGACCUCACAAAAAUUAUAACUACAAGAUUUGGAAGUUUGAUUCAAAGAAUUGUAUCUCCUCAACAAGGUGCUUUCAUAAAAGGGAGAAACAUUCAAGAGCAAAUAGUUAUAGACUCUGAACUAGUGAAUGAGCUGGAUGUUAAAAGAAGAGGUGUACUUCUUAAUGGAGGGCCUAUGGGAUAUUUUCAAGUUGGAAGGGGUCUCAGACAAGGUGACCCCUUGUCUCCUAUUCUUUUUGUUAUAGCUGAAGAUCUUCUGAGAAUAGCAAUAUCAAGAAUGGUCCAAUCAGUUCAGUUACAACCAAUGCUCUCCAGAAAUGACAUCCAUCCAUCUCAUAUCUUCUUUGCAGAUGACGUUUUCUUGUUCUGCAAUGGAGAUAAAAGAAAUGCUAAAAAGCUAGCAACUUUACUCAAGGAAUAUCAAGAAGCCUCAGGUCAAAUUUUUAAUUUGGCAAAAAGCAAAUGCUUCAUAGGUGGAACAAGUACAUUAAGAAAACAACAAAUUGCUUCUGAAUGCAGAAUGCCACUUGCUAAUUUCCCAGACAAGUACUUAGGUGUUUAUCUAACUCCAGGUAGAAUCAAAACUCAACAUAUUUGGAAUUGUGUAGAACAAAUCCAAGCAAGCUUAGCUGGAUGGAUGGGUAAGCUCUUAUCUUUCCAAGAAAGACUGAUUUUAAUCAAGCAUGUUCUCAGUAGCAUUCCCAUAUAUAGUAUGUCAGUUUAUAAAUGGCCUCAAAGAGCUCUAAAGGAUUGUGAGCAAAUGAUAAGAAAUUUUCUUUGGACUGGAGAUCCUUCAAAAAGAAAGAGUGUUGUGCUUAAAUUGGACAAAGUUUGUUCUCCAUUUGAAGAAGGAGGUCUUGGCUUGAGAAGACUAGAGAUUAUGAAUAAGGCAUUGCUUAUGAAACUUUGGUGGAAAAUACAAAACAACAAGGAAGAUUGGGCUAAAUUUUUCCAAGAAAAAUUCAUUACAAAAAAAAGGGGACUGGAUUGGAUAUUAUAA